GUUGGUUUCAGUUGCUGCUCCCUUUCCUGUGUUGUCUGCUGUGCAAGCUACCGUGCUGCUGCGGGGAGGGAGGAAACACCAAUAAAUCCAGCCGGAACGUGGGAAUCUCAAAUUUUGAAGCGUGUGCCUCUAUGAUCCUGCUACAGCCAAGCAUACCCCACCCAACUUUCACUAGGUAAGGUUCAAAGCAUGGCGGAGCCAACCCGACCUCAGCGGAAGAUGUCCACCACAGGGGACACUCUGUACAAGGUGCUAGGCCUGGAGAAGGGGGCGACCGCGGAGGACAUCAAAAAAGCGUACAGAAAACUUGCACUGAAAUACCACCCAGACAAAAACCCUGACAACCCAGAGGCGGCCGAGAAGUUCAAAGAGAUUAACAACGCCAACUCCAUCCUGAACGAUGAGACCAAGCGGAAGAUCUACGACGAGUACGGCUCCAUGGGCCUCUACGUGUCGGAGCAGUUUGGCGAGGAGAGCGUCAAGUACUACUUCCUCAUGUCCAAGUGGUGGUUCAAGACGCUGGUCCUGUGCUGCGGCGUGUUCACCUGCUGCUGCUGCUGCUGCUGCUGCUGUUUCUGCUGCGGGAAGUGCAAGCCGCCCGAGGAGGACGACAACUACCAGUACGUGGACCCGGAGGACCUGGAGGCCCAGAUCAAGGCCGAGCAGGACGGAGCAGGUGACGGCAUAGUUAUCGUGCAGCCCAUCCCCAGCCCCGCCCCCGAAAACCCGGGCGAGACCCUCCCGGAGUCCAAAUGACUCGUCCAAACGUCCCCAUAGUGAUCCAGCCGCAUUCCACAGCCAGCACCUCGGACCCCGCCCACUAACCGGCCAGCCAGCCAAUCCACGAGCCCCGGCAGCGCGGUGGACAUUGAAACCCCUGGACACACCCCCGUGGCCACGCGUCAUCAGCGCGUGGGCCAAUAGCAGCGCUCCCUUCCCACCCCCACGCCCACCCUACUCCAAUCAUCAGCGAUGUGGUUCGUUUUUAUUUGUGAAUGAAGAGCUCUUGUGCCAGUCCUGGUUUUGUAAACGGGGGAGGGGGGUUAAUGCCACAGUUUCCUUCACCCCCCCCACCCCACCCCCCGGGACUCUGUCUCGAUGCAGUGAUCUCACCAGCGGACCAACGCAGCUGCCAGAUGGACUAGUGUCUGCCCUGCUCGGGGGAUGGCGGCGUGGGGGCGGGGUCUAUCUCUAGGCCCCGCCCCAGGUCCCUCCCCCUUGCGGAACCUUGAUCAGCGGGUGUGAAGACUCCUCAUGUGCAUGUGUUUAAUAUUCUGCAUGCAACUGCUGUACAGAAUCAGCCUUCAUCCUGUCAUUUGCACACACACACACACACACACACACACACACACACACACAGUGACCUCUGGACUCUUGGAGUGGCAGUUUCAGCCUGCUGAUUACCCCACCAGUGGACUUGAGUUCAAGGGGAAGGAGUAGAGUCAUGGCCGCUUGUCCCCCACCCGCCUCAGUCGGUCCCCUAUUUAGCCAUGUAGCUCCAGUAAUACAAUCCAGGGAACUGACAGGAUACAGUCAGCUUCGUAACGCAAGUCUGCUAACCAGCAGCUCUGCUUGCAUCUCUAAAGCAUCUUGAACCACACUGUUAUUUCCCUUUCUCACAGAAGCCAAGUUUAGUGUUCACCCCAUAUUCAGUGGAUAUUCCCUUCUUAAACGCUGAUUUGGUGGAGGCCAAACAUGGCUGUGUUCUGUCACAGGUCUUUAAAGUGGCAGAUAUGACAUUAGAUAUUAUGUAGUAAUAUUUUUUAAGGAGGGGCGUGACCACCACGCCCAUGUGUGGGCGAACCUGAGAAUAGCGGCAUGCGGAUGGCGGGUGUAGACGGCACGCCCAGCCUUCUUGCGCUGCAAUGCCACACACCAACCACCCCCCCCCCCCACAUACGGCAUGUCUGUGCUGACUGAGGGCUUUAGACCUAAGCCACAUGAGUCUCGUGGCCCGGACCGGCGCCCUCGCCUGGCCGACCCACAACUCCCAAAAAGGUCUCCCAUCAUCCCGUGCCCCAGCCAAUACCCCAUCCCGCCCCCGCCCCCAUGUCCGUUCCCCUGGCUGAGUGCAGAUGUGCUGUCCCGAGCCGAAUGGAACCGCACUCUCCUCUGUGCCACUUCUGCCACCAGAGAACAAAACCAUGAUAUCGUGGCUGAAAUUUUACUUCAAAAAAAAAAAAAUAAAUAAAUAAAAUAAUUUCAUUUUUAAAGAUGAUUGAAUUAGAUUUAAAAUGGUGUUAAAGUUCUAUUGGCUUUGCAGCGUGCAGUGGGGGCGGUGCUACGAUCUGUGGUUGUAGCUGAAGUGUGUCGCAGUGCGACCAAACUUGAGUACAGCCGGCUAAGCCCCCAGCUUAACGCAUCUGCUCAGAUUUUUUCUUUUUUUUUUUUUUUUUGCCAAGGCUAGGGUCUCUGCACGCCCAGUGUUUGGUCAGCUCCCCCACCCCCCUUAGCCCUCUACUGCACGGCAGCCUGUAGAGAAUGGAACCUUGCGGGCCGCGCUGUCGCCGUGGGAUACGGUCACCGUCAUGUGACCGUUGUGUGGUGCGCUAGUUGUUGUGGUGGAUUUGGAAGGUGUGAUGUCGUAACGCUGUUAGCUGUUUCAAUCCUCACCAAACGAUAUGGUAAAAUAAGGAGGAGGGGUCUUUUUUUUUUAACCAUCAUGCUAUGGCAUGCCCCCGUUUGCCAAGAGACUGCAGUCACCAUGCAGCAAUGCGCCAUGCAGUAAUGCACCAUGCGGCUAGGGCAGUAAUGGAGAUUUAACUGCAGGCGCAGUGAAUGCACUGUAAAGGGAGGCGGCUUUUGAAAGUUUUACCAUUUUUUUACGAUCGUUCGCUUUUAAGGAAUCUUCCUUUAAGUUAAGACUCGUAGGAUUUAUCAAUGCCAUUUUAUUAUUUCAAGAAUGUAAAGGAAUGUUGUCACUUCUGAAGCUGAUGGGUCCCAUAUUUCAGUUUUUAUGACACGAACAAUCGUCUGAAGUGCGUGCCGAAUGCAUGUGUAACGAUCGGGCAGUGAACCUUCGGAUAAACACCCCGCUCCCUUUGUACAGGAAACCAUAGCAACUGUAAAUAAUCCUGCCCCCUGAUGCUCCUUCACUCAUCGAAUGAAGGACGACAUCAUCGGGGAGGCUGGAAAAAUCACAAAUCAUGUGCAAUCGUGCAAAUGUUUCAUGAAUCCAUUUCAAUGUGCAUUUUUUUAACAGAAAAUUGUGUAUGUAACUUAAUGAUCUGGGUUUAUUUUCUUUCUCAAAUGGCUGCAGCGCGUGAUUGGGCAGUUUAAUUUAAAAAAAAAUCACUGGCUGUGGCCAAACCUAGAGGCCCUGAUAGUGGCUCCAGUGCUUAGAGCCAAACGGGGCAGUGAAAUUGCUUUUUCGGUAGCUGCCCUCUCUUUGACCAUGCCGGGGGGGUAAGGGGGUAAGGGGGUCAGUCUGCACUCUCAACCCCUCAUUCCUGGAGGGUGCAGAGCCGCACGGGACGACUCCCCGCAGACGCUUUCAGAUUUCCUUUUUUAUUUCCAUUUUAUUUUUGUUCUCGUUCUGAACGGUUCCUGAUGAAACGUGUUCUGUAAAUGUGUAUUUAUAUCAUUGUUGAAUCUCGAUGAAUAAAAAGAAUUUGAGGGGGGUUUUAUAACAAAA